AUGCCUCGAAAAGCCAUUGAUUCGCGCAUCCCAGCACUCAUUCGCAAUGGCAUCCAAGAAAAGAAGCGGAGUUUCGUGGUCGUUGUCGGCGACCGAGCAAAAGAUGUCAUUGUACAUCUGCACUACAUUAUGUCCUCGGUCGAUGUGAAACAGAACAAGUCGGUGCUAUGGGCCUACAAGAAAGAUCUGCUUGGGUUCACAAGUCAUCGAAAGAAACGAGAAGCGAAGAUCAAGAAAGAGGUCAAGCGAGGAAUUCGAGAUGCGAACACCGAGGACCCCUUCGAACUCUUCGUCACGCUCCACAACAUUCGUUAUGUUUAUUACAAGGAGACAGAAAAGAUUCUCGGUAACACAUAUGGCAUGUGCAUAUUGCAAGACUUCGAGGCGAUCACCCCCAACCUACUAGCUCGAACCAUUGAAACCGUUGAAGGCGGAGGGUUAGUGUUGCUGCUUUUGAAAGGAAUGAAGAGUCUGAAACAGCUGUACACGAUGUCGAUGGAUGUCCACUCCAGAUACCGGACUGAGGCACACGAUGACGUGGUGGCAAGAUUCAACGAACGCUUCAUUCUGUCACUAGGGUCGUGCGAGUCAUGUCUGGUGAUAGACGAUGAGAUGAAUGUGUUGCCCAUAUCAGGCGGAAAGAAUGUUCAAGCGCUUCCCCCACCAGUCUCGGCAGAGGACAGCAUGCUACCUAACAAGAGAGAAUUGAAAGAGAUCAAGGAUAGCUUGGCUGACAGCAAGCCUGUUGGACCUCUCAUUUCUUUGGCAAAGACAGUUGACCAGGCCAAAGCACUUCUCACUUUCGUCGAUGCCAUUUCAGAGAAGACACUCCGAAGCACGGUGGCCCUGACAGCUGCUCGGGGAAGAGGUAAAUCGGCCGCGCUUGGCGUCGCUGUAGCCGCAGCAAUAGCCCACGGUUACAGCAAUAUCUUCAUCACCUCUCCCAGUCCUGAAAACUUGAAGACACUUUUCGAAUUUGUGAUCAAGGGAUUCGACGCUCUUGAGUAUAUGGACCAUGUCGACUACACUAUCUUACAGUCAACAAAUCCGGACUACAACAAGGCCAUCGUACGGAUCAAUGUUCACCGCCAGCACAGGCAAACGAUCCAAUAUAUUCAACCUCAAGAUGCACACGUUCUGGGUCAAGCUGAAUUGGUUGUGAUUGACGAGGCGGCUGCUAUUCCUCUUCCCCUCGUCAGAAAAUUGAUGGGACCGUAUCUUGUCUUCAUGGCCUCUACAAUCAACGGUUACGAAGGCACGGGUCGGUCCUUAUCGCUCAAGCUCGUCCAGCAACUACGCGAGCAAUCCAGAGGCGUUGUGAGCAAUGGGGACGAUCUUGAAGUCGCCGACAAGUCUACGGGAAAGACCGCCAAGGACGGUUCAAAGGUCUAUGGUGGUGGCCGCUCAUUGCGAGAGAUCACCCUUUCUGAACCUAUUCGAUACGCCCCAGGGGAUGCUGUAGAGAAAUGGCUGAAUCGGCUACUCUGUCUCGAUGCAACGCUUCCCAAAUCCAAGAUGAAUACUCAAGGCACACCUCACCCCUCGACCUGCGAGCUCGUCCACGUUAAUCGAGACACCCUCUUCUCCUUCCACCCCGUGUCCGAGAAAUUCCUCCAGCAAAUGAUGGCACUCUACGUCGCCAGCCACUACAAAAACUCUCCCAACGACCUUCAACUGAUGUCCGACGCUCCCGCACAUCAACUAUUUGUCCUCAUCCCGCCCAUCGCCGAAGACGCAAACAGACUUCCCGAACCACUCUGCGUCAUCCAAGUCGCGCUGGAAGGCCGCAUCAGCAAGAACGCCGUUCUGAACUCUCUGUCCCGCGGCCAACGUGCUGGAGGUGAUCUUAUUCCCUGGCUUGUGAGCCAGCAAUUCCAGGACUCCGAGUUCGCAGGUUUGUCAGGGUCACGUGUCGUCCGCAUUGCCACCAACCCAGAGUACCUCAACAUGGGCUAUGGUUCACGCGCCCUUCAGCUCCUCACAGACUUCUACGAAGGCAAAUUCACAUCCCUCUCUGAGAACGAAUCGAUCGAGUCGGCUGAGCAUAUGCCGCGCCUCACCGACGCAGACCUCGAAUCGUCCACUCUCCUCGACGACAACAUCCGAGUCCGCGACAUCCACCAAAUGCCACCUCUUUUCAGCAAACUGUCUGAACGGCGGCCCAACCAUCUCGACUACCUAGGUGUGUCGUUCGGGCUGACCCAGCCACUCCACAAAUUCUGGAAACGCGCCUCCUUCGCACCCGUCUACCUACGCCAAACACCCAACGACAUAACAGGCGAGCACUCAUGCGUGAUGCUGAAGCCCCUCUCCACUACGGGGACCAGCACAGACUCGUCAUGGCUCAGCGCAUACGCGCAAGACUUCCACAAACGCUUCCUUACCCUCCUAUCCUACCAAUUCCGCACGUUCUCGUCCAUCCAAUCCCUCAGCAUCUCCGAGUCUGCAACGCGAGCGACGACGACGACGACAACCACACACUCCUCAGCCCCUGCCAUUUCACCCAUGACAAGGUCAGAGCUCGACGCUUUAUUCUCUCCAUUUGACCUUGCGCGUCUUGAAUCCUACGCCAACAACCUCUUGGACUACCACGUCAUUCUGGACCUGAUGCCGUCUAUCGCCAUGCUCUUCUUCACCGGCCGGCUGAAACUUGCACCAUGCAACGUCAGUCUAUCGGGGGUGCAGCAGAGCAUCCUCCUCGCCAUCGGCCUGCAGCGCAAGGACCUCAGCGACGUCGAGCGAGAGCUGAACCUGCCUAGUAACCAGCUCUUGGCCAUGUUUAUCAAGAUUGUGCGCAAGGUCAGCACGGCGUUCAAGUCUGUCGUGUCUGGUGCCGUCGAGGCCGAAUUGCCCGAGAAGAAAAGCGACGCCAUCAACGCCGGGUCAGAAGUUACAACAACGACAACCACCACUGCUGGUGCCGGUGCUAGUUUUGUUCCAAGGGCGACUUCACGCGUACAGAUCCCCGUUCCUCAAUCUGGUCUUCUAGGUCAAGACAAAGACAAUGACGACGAUGACGACGCGGUCGUCGAUCCGGUGCUGAAAGAGAAGCAGCGCGCCUUGAUCGAUGCGCUGCCUUUAGAUAAAUAUGAGAUCCGCACCGGCGAAAACGACGACGACGACGACACGGCAUGGGCCGAAGCAGAGCGGCAGGUACGAGAAGCGGGGCUCGACCCCGGUAAGAGCACGACGGUCAGCGUAAAGAGCCUCAAGAAGAAGAGAAAGGCGGAGGAGACUAACGGCGAGGACGAGCAUCAAGAGGAAGAUGGUGUGGAUGAGAAGAAGACGAAGAAACACAAGAAAAAGGACAGAGGAGAAGGUGGUGGAGACAAAAAACACAAGACCAAGGACAGGGACUCAGCCAAGGGACAUCACAAGAAAAGUCGAUGA